AUGCCAGUUGCCUCCUCACCAACACCACAAGAUGUCGCCCCGAUAGUCCAUUUACAUCAUUUAUUACAACCGAAAGGACCAACUUGUAUAAAUUCUGGUGCCAGCAAUAUCUGCAGUGCCGAUUCCACCACCUUCAUGCCAGAACGUUCAGUCCCUCAUAUCUCUGGCAGAUCACCGAGUCACUCUUUAGAGUCACCCAGUCAUUUUAUCAGCACACACAGUCCGCCAUUACUUAAUCUGAGCCCGAAUUUAAACCAAUCAGCUCAGCUUAGUCCUACCGAUCAGCAAGGUCAAAGGUCAUCACAGUUCUACGAUUUACGAGAGUCAACACGAAGACAAAGCAUUCAGGAUGUUCAUUUAAAUUUGAGUCAACAAAUGCAACAUAGUCCCCAGUUAUUAUCAGGAAUUUUAGCCGCUGUAGAAGAUUCCGAUCGCAAGGAAUAUAGUAGACAUUGCCAGUUUAAAGAUGAGAAUCUUUAUGAAAUAUUGUUAUGGAGUUUUAUACUUGAAGAUAAACGUUAG